AAUCAGGAUUGCGGGCAGAGAUUUCAGGCAGGGGAGGGGCGGGGGAGGCUGCUAGCCAGAACUCCUGGGUUCUAAUGGGUUCGAGCCGGAGAAAUCGGAGCUAGGAUGCCUGGGUCCUCCGGGGAGGGAGUGGGGUUUUAAUAGGUUGCAGUAGAGGGAGCUGGAAACCAGGACUGUUGAGUUCCCAGGGACAAGAGGAGGUAUAGAGGGAAGACAUGUGCAAAGGAGGGAAACGGGGCUUUAUUGUGGCGCUGUGGCAGAGUGGCGUGCUGAAGAGCAUUUGUAGGGUGCACAGCUGAUUUGGGUGGGUGCCUUGGGGUCGUGGAGAGGCUUUCACUGGUUCCUUUGAAGAGCUUAAAAGAGGCUGCAAUGCAGUCUUGGGGUGCUCCUUCCACGAGAAUACUAGAGAGGACUAGAGGGUAUGCAUGGAAAUGUGAUAGGGGAGAGGGGUUGUUUUAUCCUAGGGUUUUUGUUUGCCUAGAGCUUCUGAUGGGGUGGUAGGCAGAAAGGCUUGGGAGGGUAGAGGUCAUAAUUUUGGGGUGCUGCACAAUUUUGGGAGAUUGACUACCUCUGGAGUGUAUUUGUGUGUGUAUUAUUACUCUGCAACACAGGCUGCUGGUGCUGGUGGGUUGCUAGUAAAUGUCUUGGGUCUGUGGGGGGAUUGGGGGAUGUUCUUCAUUAGCACCAAGGAAGCAGUCUCUAAUUAGGGUGCUGUAACUUUGUCCAGAGGGUGACCAGUUAGUUGGAGAUAGGGGUUGGUGACUAAGUGGAUCAGGCUGAGAUCCCCUUAAUUAACUUUGUGGGUUAAAAAGUCCAUGUUGGAAUAAGAAUUCUUUUGUAUAAUGGGGUUAUAAUUCUUUAGAAAGGUAUCUUAUUCAUUUUGUGGGGAUGUGCCAUGCUAAUCUGAGAAAGACUAGGUUUUGAAAAGGUGAACUCAUCCAAAUCUUGACUUUAAAACUACAGCACCCAAAUACAUUUUUGAUGUGCUGAUUACUCUGUGGAGGAAUUGCAAGCUUGAGAGGGUACAAUCAUAUCAUACUACUUGUUAAAUUUGGUGGGGGCAGAGAGUUUGUGUGGGCUAUUUAAUUCACCCUCUUAAUUUGUAGGGACUUUGUGAUACUAGAGGACUUAAAAGAUACAAUAUUUGUUUCCCUGAAGAUAUAUAUCACUGAUUUGAUGGUAUUGUAUGUUGAUGCUAUUUGUUAGAAUCUGUCUUUAAGUAGCUAUUAAAAUUUUAGUUAGGUAGAUUAUUCAGAGAAAGGUGAGCUGUAAUUCUUGGAAGUGUAUCCCCAGUAUAUUGGAGCUGGGAGGAAUCUAUAUAACUCUUCAAGACAUCCCAUUAAUUUUAAGCAUUUGAUUGUAGAAGCUUUAUUUGCAUUCCCAAGACACUACUUUGAAUAAUAUUGCUAUUUUGGGGGAAAGGAGUGGAUGCUCUCAAGGGAUAUCACAUUUGGAUGAUUUGGGGAUGUAAGAUCUUGGGGUGGAUCUAUGAAGGAAGAGAUCUUGGGGUGGAGUUACAUAAGGGAGAGCCUAAUUCAUUUGGGGGGGGCAUGUCUGGAUUGUUUGAAGGUCACACUAAAUUUGAAGGAAGCAAUAGCUGCUAAACAAGAUUACAACUUCAACAUUCAACAGAGCAACUUCCUUUUAACAAGCUGCUCCCAAACUCCAGGGUAAUCAGUUUUCUUGGGAAUAAUAACCAGUGAGGGGUGGGUGGGUUCUUCCACCCUCCGAUGCUCCCCCAAGCCAUGUCGGCUUUUGGGGAUGCCCAUGAGUGGUAUAUGGGGGCUCUAAGCCGGCAAGAAGCAGCUGCCUGUCUCCAGGGCCACCGCCAUGGAACCUUUCUGGUACGGGAUAGUACCACGUGCCCGGGUGACUAUGUACUCUCCGUCAGCGAGAACUCCAAGGUUUCACACUACAUCAUAAACAGCCUCCCUGGGCGCCUGCGGAUUGGGGAGCAUGAAUUUGACGGCUUCCCUGCUCUGCUCGAUUUCUACCGCCUCCACUAUCUGGACACUACCACUCUGGUAGCCCCUGUGGGUCGGGUGGUGGCCCCUGCUUCUGCCCAGCCGCCUCCCGCUGGUGAAUGGGUCCGUGCCCUCUACGACUUCGUAGGCCGUGAUCAAGAAGACCUCCCCUUCAGCAAAGGGGAACCCCUGAGGGUGUUGGCCAAGCCUGAAGAGCAGUGGUGGACCGCCCAGCGUGCAGAUGGGCGCGUGGGCAUGAUCCCUGUACCGUAUGUCCAGCCCUGUCCCUAUGCUCACCCCAGCAGCCACGGUGCCCCCCGCCACGCUCCGGUAAUAGCGAGGGCAGUGCAACGAAGGGUGCCCGGUGCUAGUGACAAGACGGCACUAGCCUUUGAGGUGGGUGACCUCAUUGCUGUCACCAAGAUGAACGUCAACGGCCAAUGGGAAGGGGAGCUGAAUGGGCGCUGUGGCCAUUUUCCCUUCACCCAUGUCAAGGUCCUGGACUCUGAAGAAGCCAGUUGAGCAUUUGAUGUCACCUUUGAACUUUGACUUUCCCUGAAUGGGCCAUGACCCCUGAACUCUGACCCGUGCCUGUGAGCUUCUGGUCGUUUUGAACAUUGUACUUCCUGACACGAACCUUGAAUUUUGACCUGCCUGGUUGGGCAUUAUUGAUGAUCCAGUUCAUUGAUAUUUGAUAUUUUCAGAUCCUUGGAUAUGGACUUCUACCAACUUGAACUCCUUGACUAUAUGAACAUUGCUCCUUGACUCACUGUUCUUAAAUGCUGUGGUAGUUGAUCCUAUAAACUCUGAGCCUUUAUGGGCUUGUUCAUAUUUACUCCCUAUGAACAUCAAUCCUUCGGCCCUGUGGCUUUCGACUUUGAUUAUGUGCUCUGCAUCCUGUGGCCCCAGAAGUUCUGAGCUUUGAUUAUUGCCCCCUUACCCUUGUGUAUUUUUUCCCCAUUUGACCCUGCUCGCAUGGGGGCGGGAGCAGUGCUUAGCUUUGAAGGGAAUUCCCCCACCCACCUCCACUCCUAAUAGAAACCCUGCUCCAUUUGUUGUCUGUUUCAAACCGCCUUGUUAAUUAAAGUUUCCUGCUGAUUA